AUCCGCUACCGUUAGACGGCGCCCUCAGUCGUUUGUUUUUGCAGGAAGCACGACACCCAAAUUGGUGAGGCAGAUGGAUACUGCCAGGAUCAAAUCGACUCAACGACAACGAAAAUUAUUUUUACUGUGAUAUUUAAAUAUAUAGCUAUUUAUACAUAUACAUUAUAAAAUAAGACACCUCUUCAGCAACCAUGACUACUCAGAAUAAUUUAGUCCAGGUGAAGGUUGAAAUUGGUCACCAAGCCAGUCUACGGAAGAAAGUUACUCCGAAUGGAUUCACUCAUGACUGGACAGUAUUUGUCCGAGGACAGAACGACAGUCCCAUUCAUCAUUUUGUUGAUAAAGUUAUUUUUCAUUUACACGAGAGUUUUCAGAAGCCAAGACGAGUUGUUAAAGAAGCUCCAUUCCAGGUGACAGAAUCAGGUUAUGCUGGCUUUUUAUUACCAGUGGAACUUUAUUUUAAAAACAAAGAAGAGCCAAAAAAGAUCCGGUUUGAGUAUGAUCUGUUUCUACAAGGUUUAGGCGGCCCAGCAGUAAAUAAUUCACGAUGUGAGAAAUUAACUUUUCAAAACCCCACUGAAGAAUUCAAAGAGAAACUAUUCAAAGCUGGAGCAUGUUUCUGCUUUCAGGCGGCGCCUCCCACCCAAUUUCUACCCAUUAGACAGGAUAUGAAACCAAUUAAAUCCAACGGGUCUGCUAAGACUAAACUGAAGCAAAAGAUGAUAACCAGCGGUGUUGCUUCGAAAGAAACUAAGUCAAUUAAAGAUAAAAUGUCUCCGAAAGAAUCCUCAUCAAAACGGCCUUUAGAGUCUUCCAGUAAUGAAGAAGGCGAACGGAAAAAGAUUAAACUCAGUAUUAACCUGGGAGAAGGCAAAGUUAAAGAGAAACACAAUGACAGCAAAGACACUUCGUCGAAGGAGAAGUCGAAAGACAAGCAUAAAGAUCGACAGAAAAACAAAGAGAAAGACAAGAAGCACCGGAGUAAAGACAAGCUGUACACGGGGAAGGAAAGGGAUAAGAAGAGUGAGAAAGAGAAACUUCUACCAGUGAGCAGCAAGGAAGAGAGUUUUAAAAGUCAGCAGAUCAAAAGUGAGAAGGCCAGCAGCUUGACUGAUUUCAGUGACCUCAGUAACCCCAGUUCACCAUCAACUACAGAUUGUAUGAAGUCAUCGAAACUGUUGUCGUCAUAUGAGGCUGGUGACGAUUUUGAUGAUGACCAUCCGUUCAACUCAUGCAGCAGUUCAGUGUUAACUUCACCAGAGAGCCACAAAGAUUCAUCGUCAAAUAAGUCAGUGAGCAAAUCCUCAAGUUCCCACAAGUCAAGUUCGAAAUCCAAGAGCGACGCAGGCUCCAGCGAGAAGAGAAAGUCGGCUCCGGGCAGCUCUGACUAUGACGGGGAGAACAAAAAGACAAAAUCUCAGAAAGAAGACAAGAAAGACGGUUCGAAAGAUCACGCGAAGGAGGAGAAGAAAGAGAGCAAGGAGAAGGAGAGUAAAAAAGAGAAAGAUCGAUCAAAGAAAGAGGGUAAAGAGAAAGAGAAGAGUUCACGUGAAGAGAAGAAGGUGAAAGAGAGCAAGGAGCGAGAUGGGAAAGAUGUGAAAGGGAAGGAGAUCAAGUUGCAUCAGGAGUCUAAGGAUAAGAUUAAGAAGGAGAAUAAAGAGAAAACGAAAUCUCACAAAGAGGAAAAGGAUAAGAGCAGCAAAGAGAAAGAUGCUAAAGCGAAAGAAAUUGGCAAGGAUAACCGCAGUAAAGAGAGUAAAGAGAGUAAAAGUCUGAAAGAGAAUAAGGACGGCAAGAUUCUGAAAGAUGGCAAAGAAAAUAAAACUCCCAGGGAUGGAAAAGGGAUGAAGUCGCCGAAAGAAAUGAAGGAUAAAUCAGCAAAAUCAGAGAGUAAAAAUACGAAAUCACCAAAAGAUUCCAAAGAAACUCCCAAGGACAGUGUGAAAUCUCCGAAGGAAGGUAAAGAUCUUAAACACUCUAAGGAAGAGAAAGAAAUGAAGUCUCCGGAAAUUAGUCGAGACAAUCCAGUAGCUUCGGAAAAUGUUUCCAAAGAGAAAAAAUACGACAAAGUGUCUAAGGACAAUUUGAAAGCAACCAAAGACGUGAAGUCAUCGAAAGAAAUGAAAAUGAAAGAAAAUAAAGAAAGGGACUCUAAAAGUAAGGAAUUUAGGGAUAAAGCCAGCAAAUCUAUUGUGAAGAAAGAGAAAAUAGAAACUGGUGUCUCCGAAAGCCGAAGUUUGAAGAAGGAUAUUGAAAGUGUAAAAUCAAGUAACAGUAAGCCAGUUGUGAAAACUGAACCAAACGUAGCUGACCACUCAGAGGGCAGCGAUAAAGAAAAGACCCGAAUGAGCAGCACUAAAGACAAAAGCACUGCUAGACUCAGUUCUGAAGAGUCUCCGGAUAGGGACAGCAAAGAACAAGUAAUUGGAGAUUCCUUAUCUGAACAGGAAGAUCUUACACACGAGGAACUGGAGGAGGUCUCGCCAAAUGGUUUCACUGUGAGAAUCCUCUGGGGCAUAAUGAACGUUGUGAAUUCUUCGAAAGACAGGGACUUGGUUCAAAAAGUUGCCUGUUUGGCAGCUGAGGACACUAACUGUUUGGUGGAGAAGGGUUUUUUCAAAUUUGACUUGAUGAAUGUUAGUGCUGAGUGUGUGAAGAAAAUUCAAGAAGUGGUUGAAAAAUUCUCCGGAGAUCCCUAAUACCCAUGCAAAGUUGGUUGUUAUUUGUGUUUUUUUUUUCUUUUUUUUUCCUAAACUCCCCUUCACCUCGUCUGAACAUGUGUGUGUGUGUGUGCAUAUACAUGCAUUAACAUAUUACAUCUCUCCCUCUCCCUUUGUCCUGUCACGACAGUUUGCAUUUGUGGAGAAAUGUGCAAAUGGUUUGUUCGAUUACUUGUUUAGACAAAUACAAAAGAAAGUAAGGAAAAACAAAAGCUAAUAAUGGAAAAAAGAUGUGAAGUAUGAACAACUAUGGGGGGAAAAAAAAGUAUUUGUACGAAUGAAAAAAAGGAAAAAAAAAAA